AUGGAUGCCCGCGGGAACCAGAAUCUGAGCAGUGUCCUGGGUUGGGUAUCUAUUGCCUGCUGGCUCGUUGUGUACUCUCCGCAGAUCAUCGAAAACUACCAGCUCAAGUCCGGUGAAGGUCUCAGUGUGCCUUUUGUCGUAAUCUGGUUGGCCGGAGAUCUCUGCAGUCUGACUGGCUCGGUGCUGGCUGGCCUUCUUCCCAAUAUCAUCAUUCUUUCUGCUUAUUAUGCUGUAUGCGAUUCCAUACUGCUGUUCCAGAUAUACUACUAUCGCCGAACAAACCCUGCACUGUCGAAGGGAUCACUCCUCAUACCUGACGAGCCACCAGUGUCCUCGGAAUAUCCCGAUGAAAGUAUCCCGCUACUGGACAGCCAGGGAGAGAAGGCGAAUCCUCCUAUGGUCCGCGAGGUUAUAAAAUAUGCAGGUGCCCUUGUAUUUGUUUCAGCCGUUGGAGUAGUGGCAUGGACGGUGGAUGAAUACUUCCAUAAGGGUGCGUCUAGCUCCAAGCCUGACGAGGUCCUCGAGUGGAAGAGCCAGGCGCUGGGUUGGGCCAGCGCUGCAAUGUUUUUGGGGGCGAGGAUACCACAGAUAGUCAAAAAUGUCAGCACCAGAUGUGCGGGGCUGUCCCCCUUCCUGUUCGUGUACUCAAUCACCGGAAACACGACGUACUUUCUUGCCAUUUUGGCGGCGUCAAUGGACAUGAAGCAUCUCAUUGCGAAUGCAUCGUGGAUUGCCGGGAGCACUUUGACGGUGUUCUUGGACGUCUUUGUGCUUUGCCAGUUUAUGUACUAUCAGACGAUAGAUAGGCGCACAUCUCAUAGGCGAGCGGGGUGCUGA